AUGCGUCGACGUAGAAGUGCUGCUCGAGAAUCUCCCUUCCUAGGAGAUAUUGUUCACAUAUCAAGCUUUGGACGUGAAGAACGUUUCAAUACUUCAAAAUAUUCUUCUGUUUCUUCUACAGCUGCUCCACGUCAAAGAAUGCGUUCUCGUUCAGCUGGAAGGCAAUCUGCUUGUCUUACAGGUGUUUCAGCGACAAAUCCUCUCUACAAUACUACAAGUUCAACUACAAAGACAAAAAUAACAGAAAAAAUAAAGGAAAAGGUUUGA